UUGUCUCAUUCGCACCUUCAGCUCGCAUCUAAUACCGAUCAGCCCCGAACGGCAAAGCAUCACCCUUUUGGCGCGCACAGACCACGGCGGGGCUCGCCUUCCUCUCCCGCCGCAUUCCCCACCUCUUUCUCUCAGCCUGCUCGACGCUACAGACCUUGGAACUCUCACUUGCACCCUCCCGACUUGUCACCACCCCCAAACCACCCCAACUCGACUCCCAGCCCACCCAAGUCAGCCGCCCGCUACCCAAAGCAUCCAUACCCAACAACCCCCCACCUACACGCGCGCUCACCGACUGUCGUAUGUCCAUCGAGAACCUCAAGACCUUCGACCCGUUCGCGGAAGCGGAUGAAGAUACCGGCCAGGUCAAGCAGACUCAGCAGGACUACAUUCAUAUUCGUAUCCAACAGCGCAAUGGCCGCAAGACCUUGACGACCGUCCAAGGUCUCCCCAAGAAAUUUGACCAGAAGAAGAUCCUCAAGGUGAUCAAAAAGAAGUUUGCCUGUAAUGGCACCAUUGUAAGCGACGCCGAGAUGGGCGAAGUCGUCCAACUCCAGGGCGAUCAGCGCAAAGACGUCCAGGACUUCUUGACCGACAAGAAGGAGGGACUUGGUCUUGAUGCGAAGACGAUCAAGGUGAGUCACAGCCCGACACGAUUUAGCACCGAGUCACAGACUAACCGGAAUUCAGGUCCACGGUUUCUAGUCGUUCAUGACUAUUACCUUGUGCCUCCUCAAUAUGCCAGCUUCCUUCGUCUGUGA